AUGGAUAUGGAUGCAGUUAUGAUGCAUGGAUCGUUUGAUCAUAAAUCAAUCUCUCCAUACAAAUCUCAUCUCAAAAAUCCCCAAAAAAUCCAUCAGAAUCCAAUCAUUUCAAACCCUAAUUCUUUCCGGCUAUCCCGGUUCAACUCCACCGGCCUUCUGCAGCCUCCGCCGCCGCCGUUUCUCCGCCGCCAAUCCUCACAACCACCCUUGCUACCCCUCCCCACCGCCAACAAAAAACCUAGCAACCCUAAUAAAUCAAAAUCUCCCAAAAAACAAGGAAAAAUCUCGCCGAAGAAAUCCAAGGAUGCUGCGCCGUUGAUCGGCAGCGGAUUGAGGGCUGUGGCGGCGGUGGGUGAUCAGGCCGACAUUUUUUCUAGCUCGGCGGUGUUCACCUUCUCUCCGCCGCCGAGCAGCCUGCCUCUGCCGAGUUUCUCGCUGUGGCCGAAGCUCAGCUGCAAGGCGGCUGCCGGAGUGGAUGCCGGCGCCACCGAUGAUCUGCGUCGUCUUCUACGACUACAGUGA